UACCGUGUAUUUAAACUUUCCAAUAAGAAGAACCAUGUAAGGCCAUGGCUUGCUGAUUAAAUAAAACGUGUGUGGUCUUACUCACCUGGGGUGACAGCAUCUAUUCUGUCACCAGUUUGCUCACCCCUGAUCAAAUCAAAUCCCCUCUCACCCGGGAGCAAGAGGAGAAGACCAGAAGACAGCCUUGGAGAGAAGAGCUCCACCCGCCUGCAACCAACCUCGACCGUCUGAUCAUGCCUCCCCCAACUCUGGAUGCAAACGGAGUAUCAAGAUGCUGCCACGUGGUGGCGAUGCCGUACCCGGGGCGCGGCCACAUCAACCCCAUGAUGACCCUCUGCCGCCUCCUCGCCGCCCGCGGCGUCGCCGUCACCUUCGUCGUCACGGAGGAGUGGCUCGGCCUCCUCGACUCUUCCCCCUCGCCGCCGCCGCCGCCACCGCCGCCGCCGGGCGUCCAGCUCCGAACCAUUCCCAACGUGAUCCCCUCUGAGAAUGGCCGCGCGGCCGACUUCAGCGGCUUCAUGGACGCCGUCUAUACCAAGAUGGAGGACCCCGUCGAGCGGCUCCUCGACCGGCUCCAGCCACCGGCGACGGCCAUCGUGGCCGACACGUACCUCCCAUGGGCGGUGGCGGUGGGGAACCGGAGGAAUAUUCCGGUGAUCUCGCUCUUCACCAUGGCGGCGUCGUUGUUCUCGAUCCUCUACCACUUCGACCGGCUUCCCUUCGCAGGAGACCGGCGACUGUCGGUGGACGAAAGCGAUAAGCCUUUGGAGCAGUUUAUUCCGGGUCUUUCUUCACUGAGGUUGGCUGAUUUCAGAACUUUCUCUUCCAUGGGGACUCCACUGAAACGGGCAUUAGAAGCCUUCUAUUGGGUAAGGAAAGCACAAUGUGUUCUUUUCACUUCAUUCUAUGAGCUUGAGCCUUGUGUCAUAGAUGCAUUACGAUCAGAGCUUUCUUGUCCCGUGUACCCGGUCGGCCCUUCCAUUCCUUAUAUGACACUUGAAGAGAAACAAAAGAAGCCCAUACUGCUCAAUCGCAGUGACAAGGACUACUUUGACUGGUUAGACUCCCAACCAAAGAACUCCGUACUAUAUGUCUCAUUGGGCAGCUUCCUCUCAGUAUCAAGCUCUCAGCUGGAUGAGAUUGCAAUGGGUUUGCGUGCUAGUGAGACCAGGUUCUUGUGGGUUGCUCGUGGGGACUCUUCUCGAAUGCAGGAGAUGAGUGGUGUCAUGGGCUUAGUGGUGCCUUGGUGUGACCAACUGAAGGUGUUGUGUCACCCUUCAGUUGGGGGCUUCUUGACUCACUGUGGCUGGAAUUCAACUCUCGAAGGUGUAUUCACAGGGGUGCCAAUGCUUACAUUUCCUAUAUUUUGGGAUCAACCACCUGAUAGCAGGCUUAUAGUGGAUGAGUGGAAGGUGGGUCUGAGUCUGAAGGAAAAGGUGGGGAAAGACAAUGUAGUUGGGAGAGAGGAGAUUGCUAAAACUAUUAAGAGGUUGAUGGAAGAUACAGUUGAAAGCAGCGAGAUCAGGAGAAGAGCUGCAGAACUGCGAGAGGCUUCUCAUAGAGCAAUUGAAGAGGGUGGAUCAUCAUGUGCUAAUAUCAAUUCUUUUGUCAGAGAUUUGUUAGUUGGCCAUAAUGUGUAGAUGGCCGGUCUGACUUCUUGUAGUUUGUUUUCUCAAAACUUAAAAAAAAAAUUGUAGUCUAUGAAUAGGGCCUCUCAAGGAAGAGGACAUUUCGGGUUUCAAGUCUCAUGUGGUACAUCCCCAACUAUCUUAUCUCGGGUGAUUUGGAAGGGAAAAUUCUUGUUCUACUUUGGACUUCAGAGUACUGAAUGGAACUUCGCUUGCGCGCUUA